GAGUGGCUCUACUACAGGCCUAUCUGCCAUUGUUAUUAAUGUAAAAAAUGCUGAUGGCCAACAAGCUAACAUCAGGCCUUAUGUUGCCAAUGCCCCAUGUAACUAAUUUAGAUAAGGAGCUGCAAAUGGGAGAAAUAUAGCCAUGACCAGAUACCACCCAAACCAGGGUAAGCUAGACCACAUGGUGACACUUAACAAGGUUUCUAUACACACAACAAAUCAGGUUACUCAAGAACUGUCACUCCUUUGUCACCCUUUUUCUCUCAAUGCCCUUGGGCCCUAUGUUGGGUGCCAUCUGUCUUGGUAUGAAAGACAGGUGUCUGCUAUGGAAGGCAGGAGCCUCCCUUGCAAUGGAGAAUGUAAACCCUCUCCCUCUGAAUUAUGAUGAUUUUGAAUUAAGGGGCCCACAGGCAAAGAUAUGGGGAUAGGAGUAACAAUUUUUUACUAGUAUGUAUAACAAGGCAAACAAAACAACAACGACGACAUUAACAAGAAACAGAACCAGAACCCCAGUCCCAGCCUUCUUGGCCGCAGGCACUUUCCCCUUGGUGCAGUUCCGGUCAUGGCUGGCAGGGGCGCUGGUGGCUCCCGCUGGGCAGGGCAGGUGCAGUGACUCCCCCGGGGCUGCAGGGGGCACUGUGGUGCGAGCUCGGGGAGCACACUGCUAUGGCGGCUUGGCCCAGAUGGGAAGGGAUUGAAGAAAGGCUUUGCUGCACAAACCCCUUGGGCCAGUCGAUCCCGGUGCCCCAGCAGGACUCUUGGAAGCAGUAAGCUGGAAUGGCAGGAAUGCGCAAAAAUCCCUGGCUGGUGGACGAAAUGUAUCAGAAGAUCCAUGGCAGUAGUUGAACCUGUGGGACAUCCUGGCAGGGCAGGGGAUAUGGGGUCCAGCAGCAGAAGAAAGGCAGCUCCUAUCUGGGUUAUGGUGGUGGCAGAGAAUUCCUUUCCCCAAGCUGCAGAUGUGACCAUCCUACUUUGAAACCCAGAGAGAGUGAGACCAGCUGCGCCCAAUCCCAUCCUUUAUCUGCCCCAAAUCUUGCGGUAUCUCUCUCCUUGGAGAGAACAUCCCAGAGAAAAAUAAGUGUAGCCAGAUGCUACACUCCUCUCCCAACCCUGGCCACUUUUUUCUUCAAUACCCAUAAGUACCCAAUAAUUAGUUUCUCAGCAACUUAUGGGAAAAAAAAAAUCUAUAAGUAAAAAAAUAAAGAAACCUACCCACCCCCAACAACUAGUGUUGUAACAGAUGCUACUCUUAAAUCUCAUAAAAUUGCCUAUAUUUUGGUAUUUCCUCCAUGAGUUCAUAUUUCCCCAUGAAAAUAUAGUGAAGUCAAAACCAAAAAAAUCUUGAAUUCUUUUUCAUGCUUUUGAUAAUUUUUAAAAAUAAUGUUUAAUUUGCAGGAACUCUUUAAGCUGCGUGGAACAGGGUAUUUUUUGAACUUUCUUUUGUCAUCCUCCAAGUAGUUGUUAAAACAAAAAGAAAGCAGUUGAGGUAUCACCUACACAGUAGACAACUCAAUUUGUUGCAAGAUAAUCUAUACAUGCUGGGGUAUACAGCGAGGUCUCUACCUCUUUUAACGUAAUUGCUUCUGGGUGAAAUUUUUAGUUGCACAAUGUAAAGCUUUGUAUACUUUUUGCUGAAUUAUUAAACUUUUUAAAAUAAAUUGUUUAUUCCAUAUGAACUGCUACUUUUUUCUUGAUAUAAUAGCAUUUCUCUAUUAUGCAAAAUAUACAGAAACCACAAUUUCCCUUUCUAUUCAAAGGGAAUUUCUAUUCAAACAGAUUUUAAUUGAAAUUUGUCUGAAUGGCCUAGCCUUUGUUAUUUUUAUAAUCUUAUAACUUGUUUAUAUUUUCUUCUUUUCAUAGUUCAUAUGAACUUAUUUUAGAGGUAUUAUGAAUGAUCAUGCACACGAAAAAGCAACUUAAUUUCUUAACUUUUUGUUCAGAAAACAACAGAUUAUUGAGUUCAAUUUUCUGUUUUACUGGAAAAGAAUUACUAUUCUGUCAAAAAUAAAAGUGGUAUUUCAGAGGAAAGAUUCACCUUUAGCUAGUUAAAAACUUUCCAGGAGUAUUACUUUGUUAAUUACAUGAAGCAUAUUUCUUUUUUUGUUGUUGGUUCCUCUCCGUCUCCUCAGUUUGUGCAUAGUUCUUUAUUUUUCCAAAUAUUUACUCUUCUUUAGAUUUUUAUAAAGGGAAGGGGGCAAAGGUGAUUGGACAACGUCUGUGUUGAGAAUUAGCUACAAUAAUGUUAAGAAAGUAACCAGACGCUUAACUAAAAUAUUUAAUACUCUGUGUUAGAGUGAAAAGCUCUUUUUAAGGAAAGGCAUGCUUUUGAAUUAUGACAUGGGGAAGUAAUUUGGGUGCAUGUUUUUGAGAUAUCUAACUACCCACAGAGGAAUUAUGCUAAAACUGAAGCUAGUUUCAGGUUUAGUAUCUUUCAUUGGAAGUUGGACCUUCUGAAAUCCAUUGCAAGGUAGAACUCACAAGUGGGGAUUUUCUUUUUUUUUUUUUAUUUGAGGGUGUAAUUGUCUUGGUGUCGACCCUAGUUUUGCGUCCAGCUCUGGGGUCCUCAGCACAAGAAAGGCAUGGACCCCCUGGAGUGAGUCUAGAUGAGGUCUACAAAGGUGAUCACAGAACUGGAGCACCUGUGCAAAGGAGACAGGAUCAGAAAGUUGGCAAUCCUCAGUCUAGAGAAGAGAAAGCUCCUGGAGACCUAGAGCCCCUUCACCUAAAGAUGGCAUUGUAAGAGCAAGAAUUUUUAUGCAGGCAGAUAGUGACAGGACCAGGACAAGCAGUUUUAAACUAAAGUGGAGAGAUUUAGAUUGGGUGUUAAGGAGAAGUUCCUUACUGUGAGGGUGUUAAGGCACUGACACAGAUUGCCCAGGGAAAUUGGAUGGAUGCUCCAUUCCUGGGAGGCCAGGUUGGACAGGACUCUAAGCAACCUGCUCUGAUGAAAAGCGUCCCUGACAUGGUACAGGUUUGGAGUGAGAUUAUCCAUACAGCUCCUUCCAACUCAAACCAUCCUGUGAUUCUAUGAAUUCUCAGGAGGCAGACAAAGCUUGACAAAAUACAAACAGAUGUUAAGUAUUUGCUACAGAAAUACAAUUUAUCUAUUCAAGCAGAAUGCUCCUAUUUGUUUCCAGCUCACACAUAAGGGACCACAGUGACGCAUUUAAAACCGCAAAAUUUACGACAAAACUGUUGAGCAACGCGACUAUUUCCCAGUGCUCCUUUGGGACAGACUAUCCAGCUGUCUCCCCUUCGGACAGAUCCAGGUGGUACGCAGUACUGGCUAUUCUGCAAGGAGGACACCUACUUCCCUCGGACCAAGCGACUCUGCCUCGUUCCUCGGAGAGCCGCCCUGGGUACAUCUAACCGCGGCCACGACCUGGCACAGGCCCAGCCACCCUUCCGCCCUCAGUCCGCGACGUUGUGCAUGCGCAACGUCGGCACGGGAGAGGGAGAUGUGACCUCGGCGCAUGCGCACGUUCCGCUUCCCCCCACUCCUCCGCCGGGCUCCGUUUACGCUGCCGCCGUGUCGGACCCCUCCCCGCUCCCCCUACUCCUCUACCGGAGGCUCCGACGGUGCCGUGCCUCACGCGGAGGUCGGGGGUUGGGGAAACUCCACGCUCGGGGCGACCUCCUGCAUCACGUGGUUGGGGUCGCGGCGGUGUCCUGCCCGAGACAGGCUAGCCCCGCGACGCCUGACAGGGUUGUCGCCAAGGGGCCCACGGGCCGUGCGUCACGGCAGGCGCCUCUACCUUCUUGACUUGUCGCUAGCCGGUGGGGGUACAGCGGUGAGGCCGCGGUUGUCCGUCGCGCGCUGUCUCAGCGCUCCGCGGCCUCGCCCGCGCAGGCGGCUGGUCGGACAGCUCUGGAGGGCCUUGAUCGCGGCGGGCUGCUGGCGUGACCUCGGGGCGCGCUGGUCUGGAGCAGCGAGCGGGCGGAUUUAUGUGCCGGGAGUGGGGCCGAGCUGGACGGCAGCGGCGGCUGGCGGGGCCGACGCGGGCAUCAUGGGUGUGAUAAGUGUACAGUUGGUGGUUACCAUGGUAAUGGCUAGUGUCAUACAGAAGAUCAUACCCCACUAUUCUCUUGCUCGUUGGCUUCUCUGUAGUGGCAGCUUAAGGUGGUAUCAACAUCCCACUGAAGAAGAACUGCGGAUUCUUGCAGGGAAGCAAAGAGGGAAAAGUAAAAAAGAUAGAAAAUAUAAUGGUCAUAUUGAAAACAAACCCUUAACCAUUCCAAAAGAUAUUGAUCUUCAUCUGGAAACAAAAUCUGUAACAGAAAGGGACACUAUUGCAUUGCAUUACUUUCCAGAAUAUCAGUGGUUGGUGGAUUUCACUGUUGCAGCUACAGUUGUGUAUGUGGUGACAGAAGCCUAUUACAGCAUUAUGAAGCCCUCACAAGAAAUGAAUAUCAGCAUAGUGUGGUGUCUGCUUGUCUUGGCUUUUGCAGUUAAGGUACUGUUUUCAUUGACUACCCACUAUUUCAAAGUUGAGGAUGGAGGUGAAAGAUCAGUCUGUGUCACCUUUGGUUUUUUCUUUUUUGUGAAAGCCAUGGCAAUACUUAUUGUGACAGAAAACUAUCUGGAGUUUGGAUUGGAAUCAGGAUUCUCGAAUUUCUCAGAAAGUGCUAUGCAGUUUCUUGAAAAACAAGGUUUGGAAUCCCAGGGUCCUGUGUCUAAACUAACCUUCAAAUUGUUCCUGGCUGUUCUGUGUUCACUUAUUGGUGCUUUUUUGACAUUCCCUGGCUUGCGACUGGCUCAAAUGCAUCUGGAUGCUCUGAAUUUAGCAACAGAAAAAAUAACACAAACAUUGCUACAUAUAAACUUCUUGGCACCUUUAUUUAUGGUUCUACUGUGGGUAAAACCAAUCACUAAGGACUACAUUAUGAGCCCACCUUUGGGCAAAGAGAGCAUUCCUUUAAUGUCAGAAGAUACAUUUGAUACCGUCAGAUUGUGGAUUAUAAUCCUAUUGUGUGUUUUACGGUUGGCUAUGAUGCGUCAUCAUUUACAGGCCUAUCUGAAUUUAGCCCAGAAAAGUGUGGAUCAGAUGAAAAAGGAAGCUGGUAGAAUAAGUAUGGUUGAUUUACAGAAAAUGGUGGCUCGGGUAUUCUAUUAUCUCUGUGUAAUUGCACUGCAGUAUGUUGCACCAUUGGUAAUGCUGCUUCACACAACUCUGCUCUUGAAAACACUAGGUAAUUAUUCUUGGGGCAUCUACCCAGGAUUGAAUUCUGACUCUUCAGUAGAAAACAGCCUGCUUCCCAAUUCUGUUUAUUCUGAGUCUCCACCUGCUGAUGGAAAGAUGAAAGUAGCUGUAGUACAAAUAACAAUGGCUCUGGGAAGCCUAAAGAGUAUUUUCACUCCUCUCCUGUUCCGGGGACUCCUGUCUUUCCUCAUUUGGUGGAUUGCUGCUUGCCUUUUUUCUACAAGCCUUUUUGGUCUCUUCUAUCACCAGUACCUGACUGUGGCAUGAGCAAGCCAACUGACAGAGCAAGUGUGAGGCUAUUACCUGGUGGACUGUGAAAUGGACCAGAAAAUCCCUCUUAAAGAGGAAUAUUCAUGUUCCAUCUAAAUCCAUAUUUUAAAAAGGUAGGUUUUUUAUACAUAACUCUGGAGUCGAGAUGAGAGUUUUGCAUUCCAGGGGGUGCAGCACUGAUGAGUCUGAGGGAGGGUCAGCUUUUCACUUCAUGAAAUGGGAGCAUAUGUCUCUUUGUAAAGCAGACAGGAAAAUAAAGACUUUUUUCUCUGAAUUAUGAGCUUUACAAGCUACUUUCAGUUGUUCUGGAUAACCAACCUCUUACAUAUCUUUCAGCUGUCAGAUUUUAAAGCAGCUUUUCAAUAAGUACAACAUUUGUAUGAUUUCCCGAAGUUGUCAUUUCUAUAGAUAUAUAGAUAUAUACUGUGUAGAAUUUGUGCAUUGUCAGAAACUAAAAGAAUCCGGACUCUCAGUUGGAGUUAGGUUGGUCUUCAAGCAUCAGCAAUGUCCAUUUGCUUCCCAUUCAUUUGGCUUAUAUUGUGCCUAGGACAAACCUUCAAGAUUUGGUCCUAUAGUCUGGUUUUUUCUUUGAGUGAAAUAUUGGUAUCAGCCUGACAAGAAGAGUGAAAUACAAAAAUCUUCAGCGCUAAUAUAUUUUCUGGAUUUCCAUUUUCUCUUCCUUCAUGAAGUGGGAUUAAGCUGUUCCUGCCAUUUCCCAGACAGCAUGAGCUCAGUAUUGGGAAAAGGCACAUGGGGAGGGACAUCAGCUGAGUUAUAUAUCAAGGAAUUUGGGGUGCAAUUUACAAAAUGAAAACAGUUGUUCUGGACAGGGAUUUGUUUUCCACAGGAAACUGCGAUGUGGUUAUCAUGCUAGACAUUCCUAUGAGGAAUGAGUGUUACUAGAAAACACAAGGCCCAAGCUGGAGAUUAUAUUGUGUACUGCAGAACAAGUAGGACUAAUGCUGUAAAACUGCAGGAUGAGGUGGUGUGUAUUGUUUUUCAUGUGAGAACCUGGGAAAACUACAGCACCAGGAUCAACAAAUAAACCACUAUUUAAUCAAUUUCUAUUCUUACGCUUGGAAUUUUGGAACUUUUGGAUUGGAACCACUGUGGCUGGUUUGCCACACUAAAGGCACAACUCUAAUACUUUAACACAGACUAUGCAUUGCCAUUUUUUAUACUGCAUUGCUUUUAAUGCUUUCAAAAAGUUUUAGUGGUAAAAGAUUUUAAAAUUUUGCUGGCAUCUAGUAAAAAAAUAAUAUAAAAUUGAAAGUAAAUAUAAAGUAAGGUAAUACAAAAGUUUUGCUCUGUCUAAAGACCGUGUUAUCUUAAAAGGCAACCUUUCUGUGAAAAUUCACUUUCUAAAUGCUGUUGAAUUCAACUCCAUUGACCACAGUUUUUAGCUGAGGAGUGUUGCUUUUAGUGGAGCAACCUCCAAAGGUGCCAGCUGUGUCCUCCUGCAGACACAGUGGGCCAGGCAGCCCAGGCACAUGCUUACCAUUUCUUUUUGCAUCCCAUACCUUUGUCAUCCUUUCCCACAAAUUGCUCCACCAGGUGCAAAUGCUCCUACAUGAAUCUGUAAUUACAGAUUUACAAAACUAUUACUUAACCUGUGUAUGCUCACACAAAAUAGUACUGUGUUCAUGGUCUUUUCAUGCCACCCCUUAUGCUACCCCUGCCAAGAUAAUAACCUCUCACAUACUAGUUAGUCAGCCUUAUUAAUGCAAAUCACAAUUAACUUUACUUGUUCUUUUGCAACAACUUUGCAGCUCUGAUUCUUACCUGGAUAUUCAAUAAUUCUCAGUUUAUAUGUAAGUUUACAUAUAUGUCUUUUAAGAUAUAACCACCAACUCCAUGGUACCCAGUGACUUUCCUCUGAUUAUGUCUAUACAUUUAAUUUGUCAGUAUUCCCUAGUCUUUUUUUCCUGUAUCCUGGCCUGCCAUUUUAAAAAACAAGAGUAUUCCAGCUAAUGCCUCUUCCUGAUCAGAAAAAAAUUGAAAGACAGACAUGGUUUGGAGAAUAAGGAGUUUUUACCUUGGUAUUUUAAUAAGGAUUCUUAUGGUGCUCUGUUUCACCAAGGUGGCAAAGCACACAUACGAUAGACCGCAUGUACAAUUUAUAGACCUCACAAAUUAGCAUAUCUAACAAGGAUGCCCCAAUGGAAGGCCUGGAUGAAUGGCAUGGUAUUCCCCCAUCUGAGGAAUACCAUUCUGGAUGGGCCAAAUCUCUAGUUUACAACAUAUGUGCUAGAGGGGGCCUCUAUUUCUCAAGAUAGUGUAGGGUUUUCUGGCCUCCUACUGCAAGGCCUGUAGGGUGUUUGGUCUUCUGGCCUAACAAAAUACUAGGACUACGCAAUUAUCAGACUUAAGGAAUUACAAGUAUGCAUAUAAGAAUACUGAGUGUACAUGAAGGUUAUAUAAAAUGUAUACAAAAGAAAAGGCAAAAAAAUCAUCCUGGCAUCCCAGCAGUUUAUUUGUUUCAUUUCCAUCUUAAAUGACAGCUAUAAAUUUUCCUUCUUAUUUCUGUUGUCCCUUAGGCAUUCUCAGCUUUCUUGGCUUUUUCCCCUAUCUUCAUGUGGUAGAUUGUUACUAUGCUUCCUCUUAUUUGUGUGCUGUUUGUCUGCUUUUGUUUUGAGUUUGGUUAUGAAAGAAAUGCAGCUUUCUUCUUGCACUGAUUUUUUCCUUCCAUGUUACUACUUCUCCUAUCCACUGUUAUUUAUCACCUCUCUUCACUCCCACUAGAAAAGUUACUUUUCUUAGCCAUUGUAGAGAAAGAACUGUUGCAAGAUUUAAAACAUACCUAAGUCACCCCACAGCAAGAAUUCAUUUUGGGAAACCGUAUUAAGUCCAGACUUGCUGCCUUUUGUAAAUACCUCCGAUCUCGGCCAGCUCUGUAAGUUCCUGAUGUUUGCAUCUAUAUAAAACACAGUUAUUCUAAACUCACAGAAAAAAUAUUUUUGUUACAAAAUUAAUAGUUACUUUCAGCUUUACCAUUAUUUUUACCAGAUUUUGAUUAACACAGUGCUUUCAGUCUGUGUUCUCUUAACUUGAUAACACAAAAAGCUUGUAGGUGUUUUCUCUCCAUUGCAGAGCUGUACCAAGGAAGGCAGCAUUUGCCAAGAAGGCAGUAUCUGUGGUGCUCAUUAAAUACAGAUAAUUGUGCCCGAAGGUCAGCUGCUGAUGCGUGCAAUGUCGAGCUAUGCUAAAUGGAGCAGCUCUUCGGCAGGACAGAAGAAGGACCCUGAAAGUUUGGUUUCUUUGCUGAAGUGGAUUUAGUAGUAUUCCUGCUUUUUAACAAAUAAAUUAGGUAUAUAAACAUCAACCUGAAAUACUGAAGAGUAAGUUUUGAAGUGGGCAAGAUAUGCUGCUUAAAUAAAAUUUAUUUCCUCAAUUUGCAUUCAGUCUCUGCAAUCCUGUUUUUACUUCUAUCUUCUGUAGCUUUUGAUUCACCUACAUAGAAGAGUGAAGGGUUUAUUUUUGUCAAAGUCUUUAUUGGGAGACAUAUACAUACAUGUAUCUGAGAAAAUGACAAUGUACAAUAUAUAUUUAUAUAUAUUAUGUAUAUAUAUGUGUAUAUGUAUGUCUAUUUAUAGAUAUAGACAUAUAUACAGUGUGCUAUAUAUAUCUUACAUCUGAGAAAAUGACAACGUACAAGUGCCUCAUAGACUGAAAAAAUAAAAUUAGAUUUUAAACUGUGUUUUAAAAUCUUUUAAAAUUACUUGAUUGUAUUUCAUGGUUGUGGUGUCUCUUUAACCUGUCUGCUACUGGGUGUGAAAAUUAAAUGUAAGUGAAAAGGAAGACGUGGAAUCUGAAUGCUGAAAAAAGCCACUGGUCUUGCAUAUGAAAAAUGAUCACUUUGCAAAUGACCUUUCUUUAAAAAUAUUAGAAUCAUGAGAUCACUUUAAUAUACUUCUAGCAGGUCAUUCAAUUAAAAAGGUUUUUACAUUAAGUUUCCUGAACAAGCAAUAUUGCAAUGAAUCGGAACUAGCAAUGCGUGGGAAAGGCAAGCACAGAGAGUUCCCCACCCUACCACAUAGAGAUGGAUACAGUGUUUCACCUAAGACCUUGGAGAAGGCUUGAAAGUUUAAAAUAGAAUAGUGAAACAAGCACAAAAUAAGAAUACAGAUUUGUCAUUUAAGCAGAAGUGUUUUAAGCAGGAGAAUUAUAUCUCAUGUAAGCAAAUAAAUUUGUUAAGCAAAAAAAUAAAGUCUAACAAUAGAACUUGUUAUUGAGGUAGAAGUUACAGGAUAGCAGUAAGUUUCUGUAGAGUUAUAUGAUUGGAUAGAAAAAUAUGCAUUGUGGCAAAUUGUGUAAAACGUAGCAAUUAGAAAUUUAUUUAUGAAGAUGCUAGCAAGCUUUGUGGAAGUAGCUGAUUGGAUAAGAAAUUUAUAAAAGACAUUGUAAUUAGAAUUAGAAUGGCUCUGAUGCAAUGGCUUCGGAUGAGACUGAUUUUGCAAUAAACCUUUUUUUAAUUGCCUCAUCAGUUGACCCCAUCUUUUUGUAUCCUGAACAAUUGGUGCCCACUGUAUGAGGAACAAGACUAAAUUGUUUGUUUAGUGGGUAAAUGUUGGACCAUUACAUGGUUAGAAACAUGUAGAGAGUUUUUUACAGGGUGAAGUGUUCAAGCCUGUGCACCUCACAAUGAGUUUUUAAAUAUUUGUGGAUGCCCUGGUCUUGUUUUGCUAAGACAUUUAUCACCAAAGGGGUAUUGGGGACAGACAAAGAUAAUACAGAGACUCCGUCAUCAGAAGGCAUGAAAAAAACCACUUUAUUAUUAGAAAUCUACAGAUCAUCUAGAAACAAUGAUGAACCUAAGAGCUGAUUGGCCUUCAGGAAUCUUCCCUCACACUAUUGGUGAACUAUAAACAGUGCACUCUGGAGAAUCAUAUCUAUAAGCAAUGGUUUCAGAAAGGGAGAUAAUAAUUGUUUUAAUUCUUUCUCUGAGCAUUCUCACAGCUUCUCACAGCUUCCCGGGAAAAUCCUGGGACAUGUUCAGAGAAUAUGUGAUUACCACAGACUUUAUACUUGGGAGUAAUAGGUACCUCUUCAUGCCAGGUGUCAUAAGCUCUUGGAGGUCUAUAACUCACCCAAGAUAGCUCAGCUACCUUUGGAGGCACAAAAUCAGAAGAAUAGCUUCUGUUGCAGUGUUGGAAACAAAAAGGUUUAAUAAUAAAAGGCAAAAUAACAAACUCUUUACAGAGAAAACCAGUCCAGGUGCAAGAAGUUCUUGCUCCUGGUAAAAAACCUCACUAAAGCAAUUCAUUUCUUUGUUCACUUGUUUUUCGAGUAAAUUGUCCAGGCGGGACUUUUUGGCUCCUGUCCAAUUAGCUAUCCUUAAGUUUGAGGUGAAGUCCCUAAGCCUAUGAGAGGUGCCUUUUCACCUAAUAGAGGAGAGAAACUUCUGGGCUUCUUUCCUUUUUAGGGGGACAAAGGAUAGUUUUGUCACUCUGUCAACAGGGGGAACAUUCCUACAUUUGGGCAUGUGUCUAACUGGUCUUCUGUUGGCUAAGUUAAAGCACAUUGAUACUGGCUUUAGAUGUAGCAGUGUUUAGCCCAUUGCAAAUCACAAUUGAAUUCUCCUUUAUUUUCCCCCAUGAACAGUCACCCUUUACAAGAGGGCUGGAUAUUGCCCCUAGGAUGAGGAACAAUACAGGAGGCAGUAGGUUCCCCUUCUAUGCUCUGGACAAAGAUGGGUAUGAGAUCCAUCACUACAUGAGAGUUACUUCAGUUGUUUCAUGUAGCACAUGCAGUUCCUAUUCAUAGAACUGGUUUUGAACUCUUGAGUAAUGUCAUGUAGUUUACUUUUGCUGGCAUUUUCUUUUUGUAUGCAACCUUCUGAAUGAUUCCUUUAUCCCAUACUUUUUCUUAAUCUUUGAGAGAAUUGGCAUUUUCUGACAGAAGUUCUUUGGUUGUUGUUUUUUGUUGUUGUUGUUGUUGGGUUUUUUUUGUUUUAUGUUUUUAUUCUGGUUGGGUUUUUUGUUUGUUUGUUUUGUUUGUUUGGGGCUUUUUUUAAACUUUUGUUUCACUGAUAAAAUACAUGUUUUACAGACUUCAUGUGUGGAAAGUUUUUAAGGGGGAAUCUGGACACAUGCUGUUGGGGUUUUAGGAGUUCUUCUUUUGGAUUUUUCCCCUUGAGGAAACAUUAAUGACUGCAUACCUAAUAGAUACAAAAUAAGUUGUACUACUCAGAAGCUGGCUACUCUUUACCUGAGGCUUCCAGGGUAGGGCAGAGAUCACACUCUGUUUCUGUCUGUCUCUCUGUCUCUGUCUCUGUCUCUGUCUCUGUCUCUGUCUCCCUCUGUCUCCCUCUCUCUCCGUCUCUCUCGAAGGAGGAGGAGGACGGCCGGAGCUGCUGCCUCGGGCAGAAAAUUCGCUGCCGCCACAGCCCAGCCCGAUCCCGCUGCCUCUGCUGUGGGGUGAGCCUCUGUUUGUGACAGCAGCCACUGAACUGGGUCCUUAUUAACAGCUGCCUCAUUAAAAAAAGGGACUUUUCAUCAUCUGCUGGGGUGCCCGGGAUCCUUUGCCACUGCUCAGAGCUUUGCUACACUGCAGCCCCGCGACCCUGCCUGCUGAGACACCCCGUAGUUCCAGCUGCAGCUGCGGAGCUUCUCAUACAGGUCGUCCGCCAUCCCGGGAAUUUUGCUCAUUCCUGCGGGCUGUGACCGUAACUACAACAACGGGAAAAGUGCCUGCGGCCAAGAAGACUGUUACUGGGUUUCUGGUUAUGGUUUUUGUCAUUGCCAUUGUUGUUGCUUCUUUGCCUUGUUAUCCAUACUGGUAAUUAACUGUUAUUCCGUUUUCCCAUAAUUUUGCCUGAGAGCCCCUUAAUUUCAAAAUUACAGUAAUUCGGAGGGAAGGGGUUUACAUUGUCCAUUCCAAGGGAGGCUCCUGCCUUCCGUAGCUGACAUCUGUCUUUCAAACCAAGACAUGCUCUCUUAGUCCCUGCUGAAUCAAAAGGGGUGGUUUUUGAUUAAUUUGAAAAAUACAAGAAACUUAAUUUGAAGUUUUUUGCAGUUUAGUGACUGGUUUAUUAUGUUGUUUGAUUCAAAAUAUAUUCCAGAAAUUAGUGUUAAAUAUGUGUUUUUAAACUUACUUGUAAAAACCAAGAGUAAGCACAUUUAAAAAUUGGUUAGAGCUGCAUGAAGCUGUUUCCUAGCAAUUUCAAUUCUGGGGCAUAUGCCCUCACAGCUGCCUCACUUGUUGCUGUUUUACCCAUUUUGUUUGCAGCUGGGUCACCUUGUUCAUUUGUGCUGACCUAGAUUUUGUGAUUAAUUUAGUUGGUGGGAGGGGAGGGAA